GCUGGCGCUGGUUGCAGCGUCCCGGUGGUUGCACAUCUGCGGAGGCGGUCCACUUUCCUCUAAAUGCAUUCCCGCAGGAGGAGCCAGGGUUACGUAAUAAUAACGAGAAAGCUCACCCGCAGUCACUGCAUACCACCAACACGGGGCACCCUCGUACCCGAGGUGUCUAAUUUUUGAUCUCUGGGUGGCCACCUGACCGACCACCCUUCCGCCUCCGCAGAACUGGGAACUUCUUGCCUCCUGCAACUUGAGUUGGAAGUUAGGUAGUUUUCGAUAGUGAAAGGGUUUGGUGUUUCUUAAAAUUCUUAGAAACGCGUCUUGCUUCUGCGCAGCCUCUCAGAGGCUCGAGGCGCGCUCCAGGUCGGAUCCACCUGUAACCCACGCCAUGGCUAAGGAAGGCACUGCUGCUGGAGUUGUCAUGGACGUCAAUACGGCUUUGCAAGAGGUGCUGAAGACCGCCCUGGUCCACGAUGGCCUAGCGCGAGGAAUUCACGAAGCUGCCAAAGCCUUAGGCAAGCGCCAAGCCCAUCUCUGUGUGCUUGCAUCCAAUUGUGAUAAACCUAUGUACAUCAAGUUGGUGGAAACCCUCUGUGCUGAGCACCAGAUCAACCUAAUUAAGGUUGAUGACAACAAGAAGCUGGGGGAAUGGGUAGGCCUCUGCAAAAUUGAUCGAAAGGGGAAACCUCGGAAAGUGAUAGGUUGCAGCUGUGUGGUGGUUAAGGACUUUGGCCAAGAAUCUCAGGCGAAAGAUGUCAUUGAAGAGUACUUCAAAUGCAGAAAAUGAACAAAAAAAUUGGCUUAUUUUCUGUUAAGUUUCUCAAAACAGAAAAGUACAAUUAUCUCAAGCUCUUGAGUUUUCGCCGGAAAUAAUAAUAGCCCUUUUUUAGGAAGUUUUCUUCCACAUGGAAACAUUGCAUUAUUAUGUUCUGGUUUAUAAUGAAAAUGGUCAUCUUUUUGGAAAUUUACAAACUGCCUAAGAUUUAGUCUAGCAUUAUUGGGGCUUUUUUUUUUUUUUUUCUCGAGACAGGGUUUCUCUGUGUAGCCCUGGCUGCCCUACAACUCACUUUGUAGACCAGGCUGGCCUCGAACUCAGAAAUCCACCUGCCUCUGCCUCCCGAGUGCUGGGAUUGAAGGCGUGCAACACCACCUCCCGGCCUGCAUUACUAGGGUUUAAUUGACAAAAUAUUAUAUGUAUGUUGCACAGUGUGAGAUAGAUAUAUAGGUAUAUAUAGAUAUAUAUACACACACACAUACAUACAUAUGCAUGAGAGAGAAAUGAUUACCGUGAAAAUAGGCAAACCCUCAUAUUCCCUUUUCCUGUAGGUUGAGUACACUGAAGAUCUAUUUGGCAAUUAUCAAAUAGGCAGUGUAUUGUUAUUAAAUAUGGUCAUCAUGCUGUGACUAUACAUCUAAGGGACUUGUUCAUCCUGUUGGAAAAGAAUCUGUACCAUCUUACUGAUGUAUCUGCAUCCCUGCUCCAUCCCCUGACAGUCACCAUUGCGCUCUCGGCUUCGGAGUUGUCUCCAUAGACUCUACUUAUGAAUUAAACCUUCCAACGCCC